GAAACCCAGAAUACAAGAGCGAGAGACCGCGACGACGACACGAAUAGGAAACCCCCAGCGAGCUCCAAUCGAUCGACACGCAAAGACACGGAUACCCCACGAGCCCGACCAUCCCAAAACACAAACAUGCAUCCAUCAACCCUGUAACACCCGCCCAACACCAACCAUAAUACCUACUGUGUAGAGAAACACCACACAACCCACAACGCCACAAACAACCAACCCUCGCGCCCCAACUCCCGCGAAUGGGCCUCACCCAAAGCAAACCCCCGAACCCGACCGGGCUCGAUGGGCUCGACGGGCACGGCCUCCCCCCCGCCGCCAUAACCCACCGCCGCCGCACCUCCUCCUUUCCCAUCACCACCACUACCACUACUGCCCCCACCACCAAACGCAGCAAAACCAACCCCCCGAAACCAACCACCAAACCAUCCCAUCACCACAACCCCCCGCCACAACCCGCCGCCUCCCUCGUCUUCUCCUUCCAACAGGGCUCUGAACGCGCUCAGAACCGCAGGCUGCUCGCCACUGAGGCGUCGCCGCUGCUGGGCCGGUUUCGUGCCGUGCCGAGGCCGGUUGGUGGUGGUGGUGGUGGUGGUGGUGGGUAUCGCAAUGGGGGUGGUGGGGGUGGUGGAGGGUAUCGGAAUGGUAAUGGCGGGGGGAGGAGGGGGUCGGGGAUGGGGUUAGGGCUGGGGUUGGGAGGGGCCGGAGGAGGGGGGGUAAGGGGGUCGGGGCAGGUUGGGUUGUUGUCUUCUUCGUCUUCGUCUUUGGCCGAGGCGGGGCCUGGGUGGAGGGGGAGUGUGCAUGUGGGGUAUGGGGCGCUUGUUGUGGCUGCUGCGGAGGAGGAGGAGGGUGACGACAGAGAGGAUGGGAGUUGGGAGGACGAGGAGGAGGAUGGCGGGGUGGGGUGCUGCUGUUGGGGCGUGGGGAGGACGCGCAGGUUGGUGAGGUGGUUUGGGGAUGUCUGGGUCGAUCCCAAGGCGAGCGCCGUCAGGAGGGUGGUGGAUGUGUGGUGGAGUCGGUGGUUCGCGUUGGUGGUGUUGCCGGCGUUGUUGGCCGUAGCGUGGGUUUCCAUCCCCUUUCCCCAGUACCCGCUUCCCGGCGACGAGGGAGGCGGUCGGCCAGGGGAACCGCAAGAUACCCCUCGGGACAAGGUACCGGGCCACGGAGCCGCCAGGGUGCGGGUCAACUUCUGGUUCUUCCUCUUCGUUUACUACAGCUUCUACAACCUGACGGCCCUUAUCUGGAUUACCAAAGUCUUCAACAUAUACAGCCUCAACUGGUGGCCCCAGCCGCUUGGCUUCCCCAUCACCAUGUCCGCCAUCGCCGUGAUCUCCAUUGCGGCCCCGAUCCCCAUCUACCUCGCCCCCGAGACCAGGUUCCUGACCAUCCACAAUACGGCCUGGAUUUCCUGGACCUUUGUCAUCAUGGCGAUGCCUGUUGCCAUUGCUUUCUGCAUCCUCAUGACAAACGAACGCCAUAUCAAGUUGCGGCAAUCGCUCUCCGAAACGCAGCGUAUCUUCACGACAUCAUGGUGGGCGGGAGAAGACAGCCCGUCACCACGCGGCGGGAGACGAAGCCGCGCCAGCCUGGACCCUUACGCCUUUGAUCCGGUCCCAGGCUCAUCGGCAAUUGGCGUCGCGGACAGCCGCUACCAUCGCCCCGCCGUGCCCGUCAGGAUGCGUCGCCGAUGGUUACCAGCGAGCUUUGUCCGCUUUAUAUGGUUUUGUCUCGCGUUAUUUAUCGGCUUAAUGGCCUACGUUCUAGGGGAAGCCUACGCCGAGAUCUACCUGCGCACGCUGCCGCAUAAUAACUUUGAGACCAUCGUCUAUGUCUACGGGUGGAUAUCAACGGUUUAUCUGCUCGACGGGCUGACGGGUUGGAUCUUGGGAGGGAACGAGGGUGAGCGGGUAGGGAGCUACCCCUUAAGCUGGAUCUUCAAGCUUUACUUCAUGCUCACCUACCAAACAUACGUCCGCGCUCUGUACGCGCGCUUGCGCAGCCCCUCGCAGUUCAUCCUGCUCCAAGUCCUCUCCUCGACAGGCCUCAUCAUCGUCACCCCGAUACUGAUGUCAGCCCCUUUCCAUUGGUUCUUAUCCGUGAUCGGCGUCAACGGCCAAAGCUACGGCUCGUAUCAAAAGAUGUGCAUUCGCAACGUCUUCAUCCGAUUCAUGGCCGAGAACGCGUCCAUGCUGACCUUCCUCGGCAGCGUCGUGGUCCUGCACUUCGGCGCCAACAAGGACGUUUACCCCUACUUCACCUUCGACAGGACCGAGGAAGACGGAGACUACAACUUUGGGCUGACCUUCUACGCCUCGACCAUUACCUGGGGGUGCGAGCUCGUCGCGAGCUUCAUCGUCGACUGGCUCAUCCGCUGGAUCUACAAGGUGAGCGUGGUCACCGAGGGCAAGCUCGAUUUCAUCGUCUGGCCCGAGCUGCUGCCGACCUGCGUCGCCGUCAUGCUGCACGUGCUGCAAAACAUGCUCUUCUCCAUCAUCCGGCUCCAGUUCCGCUGAGUUUAUGGGUAUGGGUUCGGCCACGCCGAGAGCAACGUGUGGCCGCAGAGGCAAAGCAUUGGCGAUGCCAAACGAAACCCGGCUUAUUAUUGCGUCAACCGUCGGCAUCCUUCCCCCGGCGGGUCCAGCCUGUCACAGCCCGCCGCUCGCUCCCGUGUGCUGGCCAAGCAGGAUCCGUGGGCCGCUCGCUGGACCCGGACCCCUGGAUUUUCGGCGCUCACAAAGUUAACCUUUUUGCGCUUGUUUUUCGUUUUACUGCAUGUGUUUUCUUUUUUUUGCUUUUUCUUUACCCUCUUUUAAUGCAUGCGAGCGAGGAAUUGAGAGCAUUUGCAUUUGGUUGGAGGAAUGCACGAUACCCGCGUUUGUCUUCUCAUCGCAUCGAGCUCUUCUUAUGGUUUUGAAACGGAUAAUUAUACGAUUUUGGAUAGGCACGCUGUUACGAUAGACAUGAAC